AUGGCAGCCAAUCCGUCAAACAGUCGUCAGGGCGUGAGGGCAGUCGCCACGACGACCACCGAUCCGCAGCGGAGCGAAAAACGCGCCGUCGCGGCGCGGGGCACCGCGGCCGCUCUGGCCCUGAGCAUCGUCGCACUGGCCAUCCAAUCGGUAGCCACCGCUAUUCCUACCUGGGGAUACUUCACUAAUCCUGACGCUGGAACUGCCAUGGAGAAUGGUUACUUCAGUCCAUGGAGACAAUGCAAAUACCUUCUUUACUUACGAGAGUCGUGCGGCACACAAGUCAGAUUUCAACCAGUGUUGGCUGUGUGGGUGGCGGGAUUAGCUGCCGCCGGCGCUUCUGCCCUUUUGGCGAUUCUGGUCGCUCUGACUGUGCUUCAAUUAGCAAUGGCCUCUUCUGCGAAGAGAGUUGUAAUUUCGUACAGCACCGCUUUAAUAGGCAAAGUUGCCUUCGCUACAUUGGCAACGACUUUGUCGAUAGUAGCGGCGAGUCUCUUUGCUUUACAAACGGACGACCGAGCCAAUAGCUUCGUUGUUACGAGAGGAGAAGGUUUUUAUAUGCAGUUGGCUGCCAUCGCCCUGAAUUUUGGUGUGCUGGUUUCAGCCAUCUACGAAGGCAUUUACGCUCGAAGAGGAGGCGAUCCGACCAAGAUUAGGGUCGUAACAGAUCCUCGUGCAGCCACAAUAAAUAAUCCAGGAUAUCGGGAAUAUCACCAACCUACGAACGGUGGUACGAUCUCGAUGACAGACGCCAGUGGCAAGCCGUAUGUCGGCGGGGCCGGAAACGGAUCGACAGCGUCAGUAGCAACAUCUGGUAGCGCGGCUAGUACAGCCUCGCCCCUCAGAAGCUCCUUAAAAAAGCCGAAACCUCUCGGCAUACACAAUCCCGGCUUCUCAGCACACAGUCCAACUUUAUCCAGAAAUGGUUCGCAAAAGAAAGUGCGCAUACAGACGCACUCGACAGAAGUUUAGUCAACUCUUCUUGGCACAUUGUUAGCACGAAAGUUUGCUACGCUGCGACUGCGGUACACAGGGCGUGCACGAUGUCACGGUCGUUCGAGCAGUAUAUUGCGGCAGGAAACCAACUAAGAGACGCCUACAAACUAACUUCCACGUGGCACGUGCACGUUCUAGUAACGGUAGGUAGUUUACUUGUUAUUAUAGUCGUUGAUUCGGCGAAAGAGCACGAUCAAAGAUCCGCGUACCGGCAAAUGACGCUGGGAAAAGUUUCCCGUUUCAAUAACGCCAUUUCGCGAUAAUGGGACUUUGAUAAAAGUCAAAGGCGCGGAGAAAGAGACUGAGAAUCGUUCAUGUGAGUUUCGGAAUAUAAAUAGUCGACGUGGAAUGUAAAUAGGUUGAUAUGCGCGAUCGAUAAUCGCCGGAAACUUGGUGUAAUGUAAAACUAGCCGAGUUUGAAUAUCAAACGAAUUCACAUCACACCCACAAACGUGCGAUUGUGACUCAUUAAGUAUUACGUCAGUCUCUUCGUUUUCGUAAACGUAAACGUUUUUCUACGAUAUUUUUACAUGAUAUUCGCAUUCGUAUAAAUGACUAAUAAAAUCAUUAGUACUGAAUCGUUAAAUUAAUUGCAGGAAAGUAAGAUGAACACAUUAUUUAUGAAAACAUAAAGUGCAGAAAAAAAUAACAAAUCUACAAUAUUUUAUUAUACAAGAAGAACCAAAACUUUGUAGGUUUUAUAAUUCAAUAUAACGUACAAUUUUUUUCCUAAAGUGUAGCAAAAUAAAUUAAACUAAAACAAAUUGCGUGAAAUGUAAAUUCUGAUCUCUGUACAUCACAUUUGCAAGUGUUACCCACAAAGUGUCAUACAAUAAGUAUAUAAUAAUAAAAUUCACAUUCUAUCUCUUCUAUACACACAGUAUCAAUUAUAAUAAUUCUAUAAAUAUUUUGAAUUGAAAAUAAGAAACUUGAUGUUGUGUGAGAUCAAUAAAUACAUGUAAAACUUUCACCAUAAAUAUAUAUAUAAAAGGUGUUGACAACUAAUAUUCUAUUAAAAGCAUUCUCUCAUCUUACUUUCUUGCCUUUUUAAGUACAUUCGUACUUGUUUAUACGCCAAAAGGAAGGACUAUUAAUAACGUACAAAAUAUUACUUUUAAUAUAGCAAAAGUUUUCUAUUUUUUUUUAUUAAACUUUAUGCAAAAACGAAUCUGAGUUUAAAAUAUUAUUACAAAUUCGAUCUCCUAAUUUUAGAUCUGUUUGCGUUAACAGAGAUGUUUUAAUCACGAAAAAGUUUUAUAAAUAAAAUUGGGCUUUCAAUUUGCUUUAGUACAGAAACGCAAAAAUUUUAAAACAAGUUUUUUUUGUGAUAUAAUUUAUACAAUUGUUAGUAUUUUACUUUUGUUAACGAGUUAUUUAAUUAGAGCAUAUUUUUUCUCACACUGCAAUAAAUAAUUUUUAUAUUUAACUAAUUACUGAUAUUAAACACUUAAAUUUAAAAUUAAAGUGGUUUAAAAGGCAAAAAAUACAUGAGAAACAUAAAGAGUUUCCGCAAAGAUCGGGACUAAACUUAUACAAUGUGUUAAUAAAAUUAAAUAUAGGUAGACAAAUUUACGUAUACACUUAUAACAAUGUUUUGUUAAAAAGUUAUAGACGUUUCUUCCGUGCAGGCUUUUGUUUGUUGAACUAAUGACUGUCGAACUCUUUCAAAUAUUACUGUACUUGAAAUAGUAAGUCAGCAGUUCCAUAGAAUU